GGAGUCUGUUCUAGAAUUUCCGACUUAGAGUGUUGUCAGUUUAAAAGUCGCUAAUUAAGAGCCGAACAAACAACAUUAAAUGACAACAAUGCAACACUCUUUAAACUGUAUACAAGCCUGAACUUGAACAACGCCCCCAUCCAAUGUAAUCCCCGUGUGCACGUUCUUAUAUCAACCACUUUUGCGCGUGGCCGAGAUGAGUGACAGGUAGUCGGUUUUUAGUUGGCGGAUGUUCGAUAGGAGACAUGGAUGAAAAAACGCAUUCAACAACAAACCCAAUUUUCAAUAGGCUUAAUCCAGCCAAACAUUUCACACCUCUGUCCAUAUAUUCAAGAAUGAUCACUUGUGAGGAAAAGGACAGUCUUGAUCACCAGACAAAGCUCUCAAAACCGUUUAUUAAUUUAAAAAUUGAGUUGGUAAACAAUAGAACCGAAAAAAGAAAAUUGGAGGAUGACAGUUAUCAGACUCCAGCAAAAAAUGCCUUUAGCCCAAAGGAUGUGUCCCCAGACCUCGGGUGUUUCAUGGACUACAGCAGCUCUCCUGCAACACAGGACUCAGUGUCCCCCUUUGCCAUCUCUAUGUCUGCAUUGUUAGACAAGACACAAGCUGAUAAGAGUAAAAUAAAAGAAAGUGUGUGUUCUCAGCGAGGCUCCGAGCAAGUUGAAUGCUGUUUCUCAACACAGCCAGGGGGUAGUAAGGGGACUGCACCACACAGUUUGAGGUGUGAGAAAGAUCUUGCAUCUGCCUUUGACUGUGAUGUUGAGGACAUUUUGUGCCUCAAUCCAUUGGGCACUGCUGUAGGAUUUUCUCAAAAUAAGCCAGUCUUAACUGUGGCAAAUGGACAAGAGUUGAAAAGAGAAGAUGGACAACACUUGGAUAGAGGAGAGGGCCAAGUGGGGGAAGGGCAAGAGAAGCUUAAGAAAGAAAUGCAUCUACAUGUAAAAGAGGAUAAGGGAUAUUUCUCCAUGUCCUACAUAAAGGACCUUAAAAUGGGAAAGAACCCCUCUCAGUCAGUAUACUCUCAGGUGCAUCCAGCUACCUCAAGCUCCCUGCUAAGGUUAGGUGCGGUUGAGACUCCAGAAAAGGGGUACCUGCGUGUUAUAUCGGAGAAGGGGGACCAUCCUGAAUGUUCAUCUAAACCAGGUUGUCCUAAACAAGCUGCGCAGUCUGGACAGAAAGUUUCUUUCACAGUUAGGGAUUUGUGUCCUAUUCUAAAUGGGCCAAUGUUGAAGUCUGAUAACUGUACUGUAGAGGCUUUAGAAGGUGAUGUUGACGAGGCAUGGAAUAUUGGUUCCCCCAUAUUUGAAUCAUCCGUAGUUCAAGCCACACCUUGUGGAGCGGAAACCACUCUGGACACUUCUUAUGAGACCACAUUACCACUCCAAGUUCAGGUGAAAUCGGUUGUGGUAGCUCUUGGUCAGCACACCUCUAGCAGUAAAACAGCAGCAACUUCUCUGCCAGAGCAAACUGGCAACCCCACCAAGCUGAGCCAAGAUGAGAACAGAAGUUCCACGUCUGCCAAAUGUGUCAGCGCCAGGAGUCCAAGGCCGGUGAUCUUUGACAGGGAGGUGGACUGGGAGCGUGAGAAACGGCUCUAUGUCCAUUCCGUAACCAGACACAUGAAAGAGCAUCGAGGCGCCAAUCCAGAUGUCAUGACUGAGCUGCUGACCCUGAUGACUCAUGUGGCCGACCAGGCAUCAGGCACAGAUGGCCGACAAUGGCAACAUCCCUCAGAUCUCACAUGCAGGAACUACCAAAGACGGUUUGGAAAUCAAAUGCCAAAAAUGACCCUCCAUGAAUGGCAUGCCAGGAGUAAUAAAACACACAAGCGCUUUGCCAAGGUCCCAAAAAUAUUUGAAAGGAGCCAGCUCUUCUAAAAUAGGAGUUGUUGCAACCUCAAGAAACUUCCACAUGCUAAAUUGAAUGUUUUACCAUGUACCACGGCACUUCAUAUUCAUGUUCGUACUGUUCUUCUUUCCUUGUUAAAUAUGUGGUGU